GCCACGGUAACCCCUGCCUGUCGUAAGAGGCGACUAAAAGGGGGAUGUAAAGGAGCGAGCGAGAACUAAAAGCGUAAGAAAGAAUGUAAGUAAAAGAGCGAUUAGCGUAAGCAUAAAGAAGUUUCAAAAUUGCGCGGGAGAGUGUUGGCCGUAGUGCCAACCCCCUAGGCGCGUUACCGACAGAGUUCGUUGGACAAAAAGGGACGGUAAAGUCCUUAAAGAACACCGCCCGGAGGAAAUGGGAUGCAAAAAUGCAAAACUAAUGCAUAAAUGGGAUGCAAAAACUAAUUAUUUGACACAUUUUCUUCAUUAUCGACCUCGACCCCGGUCGGUAAAAUUUCGGAAAGUCGGUCGGUAAGUUGUUGAGUAGUUUCAGCCAGUUUCGUAUAGAUGGCGCUAAGGUCGAAAACCGAAAGUACCCCUUCUCCUACAACUUCCAAUGACAUUCACUGGCGCGCUUCUGCAGCAUUAAAAUGGCGAGUUUGAUUAAAGCAGUGACAUACUGCGAUAUUUUAACUCCAAUUUUAAGACAACAGAAAUGCGUAAUUCCCAUUGCAACAACAUUAACGCGACAUUGUUCUACAGCUACUCAAAAUGAUGAAAACUACGAUAUUAUUAUUUGCGGCGGUGGUAUGGUGGGAACAACACUUUUAUGCGCCUUAGCGAAUAAUAGAAGACUCGAAAAUAAAAAUAUUCUCUUAUUAGAAGGUAGUAAAAAGUUUGAAUACACACUUCCAGAAAAAUAUUCUAAUCGUGUGGUUGCUUUAAAUCAACAAACACGUACUUUACUUUCGAGCAUAGGAGCUUGGCAACAUAUAGAAGCAACACGAUAUUGUGCAGUACGAAAAAUGCAGGUAUGGGAUGCCUGUUCUGAUGCCAUGAUUGUAUUCAAUGAAGAUCACUUGGCUGAAGAAAUUGCUUAUAUAGUAGAAAAUGACUUACUAUUACAUGGAGUAAAUAAGCAGUUGACAGAAAAGGAAAAUGUGAACGUGAUUUAUGACUCUAAGGUUGAAAAUAUCAAAUUACCUGAAAAAGAAGGAGAUAAUGCAGAAGUACAAUUACAAAAUGGCAAAAAGUAUAAAACAAAGUUAUUGAUUGGAGCAGAUGGUGUAAACUCAUUGGUACGAAAAGUAAUGGGAGUACAGUAUGUGAAAUGGGAUUACGAUCAAAUGGCUAUAGUUGCAACACUUGAACUGUCAGAGCCUACAGAAAAUAUUGUUGCAUGGCAGAGGUUCUUACCAAAUGGUCCAAUAGCAUUACUCCCAUUAACAGAUAGUCUGAGUUCUCUCGUAUGGUCGCUACCAACAGAUGAAGCCAAAAGGCUGUUAAAAGUUUCAGAAGAGGAAUUUGUUGAUAGUAUAAACAGUGCUUUAUGGAAGGUUUAUCCAAAAGAUGGUAUGGUUGAAAGUGGUUUGCGUGCACUUCAGCAAUUACUUGAUGGAUUAUCUUUACAAACUGGUGUAAUAAGACAGUUACAACCAUCAAUAUCAGAUGUCAUAGAAGGAUCACGGGCAGCUUUUCCAUUACACUUUGGUCACUCUGUGUCUUAUGUACGACCAGGAACUGUUUUAGUAGGAGAUGCAGCACAUAGAGUUCAUCCAUUAGCUGGGCAAGGAGUAAAUUUAGGUUUUGGAGAUGUAACACUAUUGGUUACACUUCUUGCAGAAGCUGCUAUGAAUGGAGCUCCUUUGGGAGACAUAACAUACUUAAGAAAAUACGAAACGUUGCGACAACGCUAUAAUGUUCCAAUAAUGCUUGCUAUUGACGCACUACAUAGAUUAUAUAAAGGAACAGCAGCCCCUAUUGUGCUAGUUAGAAGUUUGGGAUUGCAAUUAACAAAUGCUAUUCCAGCUUUAAAGAAAGUUCUAAUAGGACAUGCAUCUGGUCAAGCAGGAAAUUUAUGUUAAUAAUUUAUGUAAAUAUUUUUGUAUUAUAGUAUACAUAUAUAUAUAUACUAAUCACUGCUGAAAUAAAAGUUAAGAUCAUGAUCAUUUA